AUGUUUGCUACCUCCGCUACGCUGGCGAUAGCGGACCGACGACGCACCAGCACGAUGGAACCAGCACGAACGGAUCAUUUGCUGGGGCUGAAGAAGCAAUGCAAGAUGGGCGCCGGACUGGACACGAUGGCAGCGAUCGCUACGAGCGGCAAGUUUAUGAUAUCGCACCUGCAGCCACACGAUCAAUUGCCGCACCUACCGAAGCCUGUAGAUCACUAUCCACAGCACCAUCAUCACGGACUUCACAUCAACGACCCUCUCUACACAACAACCAGCGCCAACCGAUACGGUCACAAUCUCUUACGCUUCGAUCCAGGUUCGAACCCUUCCUCGCAAACUGGUUACUACGCCGACUACUAUCACUCCUACCAUCAACCGCUACCCGUACGGCCAUACCGAGUGCCCGGAGCGCAACACUCCCGAUCGCUACAUGACCCAACCACAACGACACGGUCUGUAAGCGAGCGGCUCAACAACUACGACUACCGGACGAGCGAACGUAACCGGGUCGCCCUGUACGGGUAUACGAGCGAAUCGGACCGUGCGCGUGGCCCCGUUGGUGGUAUUCUAAAGAAUAACAUCAACACCACCGGGAACUACCACCAGCUGCCAUUGCCAGCUGCGUCCCACAGACCACAUCCACUAGCCUAUGACCUGAAGGAGCAGCAGCAGCACCAGUAUGAGCAGCGCAAUAACGCUCACGACCCUUACCGCGCUUCCCACGGUGUCAAAAACACCAACAACACCGUUGACCACGGCUACAACGUGAACUAUAGCUUAAACUUUACGAAAAAUCAGUACAACAUACUCAUCUCGCCACCGCUCCAUCCGGACCUCGGGCCGAGAGUUGCGGUUCCACCGUACGAGGAACAUCCACCCGCAUCAACGAACCGUACCGAUACUGCACGCUCGAAGUACUACAACCACCGGGAACAUCCGUACCCGAAGACGUCCAAUCAGACGAAACAGAACGGCACUAAGCCGCCCGGGAGGCAACAACAGCAGCAGCAGCAGCAAAAGCAACCCAAGUCCAGCGAGCAACCGGGUGUGAUACUUUCCGAAAAGCAGUUACUCGCCCAGCAGGAGGAACUGGCCGGCAAGAUGCAGCGUGAAGAGAUCAUCAUCGAGCACAGCCAGCUGAUGGGUGGGGAUGGAACCGGUCCGGGUGCGAUCAUACAUCCUGGUGGUGGUCAGUUGCCGUACGAUCAGCGCCGCGAUGGCGGUGCUUCCGGUGUCGGAUCGAAGGGUUUGGGUGCGUUCAGCGUACUCACGCAGGGACAUCACUUUACGCAGAUAAUUGCAGCACUAGCCGUUUCGUUGGGUCCACUAGCGGCCGGACUUGGGAAGGGUUACUCCAGUCCCGCCAUUGACAAUCUACAGGAGCUACAAAACAUGAAGCGUGGCAACUACACACACUUCUCCGUCAACGAUCAGCAGGUUAGCUGGAUUGCUAGCCUGUCCCUGCUCGGCGCCUUAUUCGGUGGCAUGUUCGGUGGGCUGGCGAUGCAGUACGGACGCAAGCGUGUGCUCACGCUAAUGUCACUCCCGUUCUCCAUUUCCUGGAUACUGACCAUGUUUGCCAAGUCGGUCGAAACGAUGUUCUUUACCGCGUUCGUUGGUGGAUUCUGCUGUGCGAUCGUGUCGACGGUGGCGCAGGUAUACGUCAGUGAGAUCGCGUCGCCCGACAUCCGAGGGUUCCUUAGUGCCAUCCAAAAAAUAGCCGGCCACUUCGGCAUGCUGAUAUCGUAUCUGCUCGGUGCGUACCUGGACUGGCGGCAGCUAGCAAUGCUGAUCGCGAUGGCACCGAUAAUGCUCUUCAUAUCUGUGAUCUACAUACCGGAAACACCGAGCUUCCUAGUGUUAAGAGGAUGCGACGAAGAAGCGCACCGCUCACUGCAAUGGUUGCGCGGGCCGCACAAAAAUGUAGAGCUCGAGCUGGACACGAUCCGCUCGAAUGUGCGGACGACGCGCAUGAACCUGCUGAACAGGAUCAAUACCUCGGCAGCGAACGGUGCAGUCGGAACCGGUGUAACGGUAGAUGGUGCCACUGGACAAUCGAUACCGCUCGGAAAUCAUCGCCGAGGGCUUCGUUAUUACAUCGAAAUGAUCUCCUUUGAGGCGAUCGUUUCGAACGUCAAGUCAGUGCUCCGGAACGCUCGUCUAGUCAAACCAAUCCUCAUCACGUGCGGGUUGAUGAUCUUCCAACGCUUUACUGGUGCUAGCUCAUUUAAUUUCUACGCCGUCACCAUCUUCCGCAAAACGUUCGCCGGUAUGAAUCCUCACGGUGCGGCCAUUGCGGUUGGGUUUGUGCAGCUGCUAGCGUCGAUGCUUUCCGGAUUGCUGAUCGACACGGUUGGCCGCAUUCCACUGUUGAUCGUGAGCAGUAUCUUCAUGUCUCUAGCACUGGCUGGCUUUGGAUCCUGUGUGUACUACGGCGAAACGAGCAAAAUGCUAAUCGCCGAAGGUGGCGUCCUGUCCGACGUCAGUAUGGCGACAGGGCAGAACGACUGGAUACCGCUGCUCUGUGUGCUCGUAUUUACUGUGGCCUUCGCGUUGGGCAUAUCGCCCAUUUCCUGGUUGCUGGUGGGGGAACUGUUCCCGUUGGAGUACCGCGCGGUGGGUAGCUCGAUCGCCACCAGCUUCAGCUACUUCUGCGCCUUUCUCAGCGUUAAAACCUUCGUCGAUUUCCAGAGCUUUCUGGGCCUUCACGGUACGUUCUGGCUGUACGCGUGCAUAUCCUGCGUCGGGCUGUUCUUCGUCAUCAUGGUCGUGCCGGAGACGAAGGGACGCGACUUGGAAGAAAUGGAUCCGCGCUACGUGCGAACACUAACGAUCAAUCGAUGAGACAUGGGUACCCACGUAGAGUAUUUAGUAUAGUAUUUAAGGGACCGCUUCCUUUCCCAUCUGCGCCAAUGUUGGAUGGUCGAGAGGGCUACCAUGCGCUGGCAGU